GGAAUGCCAAACAUCGCGUCGCAGAGCAUCUAGGACGCGGCUCAAAGUCUUUGCAAAACGUACUUUUGCGGCAGCAGUUACGCAGAGAUAGCAUCGCGUGCUUGAAUCUCCCCCAUCGUCGGACCCAUGAAGAAGCUUCGUAACUGGGGGCGCGGGAAGCGGCAGACGAGGUCUAGUACGCGUCAUCAGCGGCAGGCUCGGCUGAAACGCACAAUGGAACCACAGCAGGCAGAAGACACUGAACUGUCGAUAUUUCUGAACGACUUUACGGACUCGGAUAACCACGCAGCGGGCUUGGCCUGGGCGUGUUCUCUGGACCUCCAUCCAGAGCGCAGAGGCAUCUACAUAGCUGAACCGCGCCACGUGAAUCUGGGCUAUUACAUGACGAGCGCGGAAUUCACAGAAUGCAUAGCCCUUGUCGGCAAGCUGCGGCCUCCCCUGGAAAGCGGUGAUCCGCCCUUGACGACUGUCUUGGCUGGCCGCAUGACACAGAAAGUCAUCGACUCUCGGAAGGUCGCCGACAAAACUACUGAUGGCAAGGAGCUGGAUCCUCGACCUCUGUCUGAGGAGGAGCGAACACUGCUGGCAAGGUGUAUCAAACCGCUGAACGGAGAAGACGAAGACGCAAUUCAGCAUGCCAGGCUUCUUGCAAUGGAUUUUCUCUUCACGAUGCGGAGACACUGCAGUCGGGAAUUCGACGUCUACGUAGACAACGUGGUUUUGCAGCAUCUGGAGAGCCCUAUCAACCUAAAGACGCACUAUCAUGAAGAGCUCGUGUUCCGCACAGCUGAUGAGCUGGAAGAGUUCAGAAACAUAACACAAAAACCAACUGACAACCAAGAACUGAUUGAAGAUAGAAGAAAUCAGCUCAGGAGCUGGUACGAAAAAGCAAUAAGACGAAAGCUGGCUGAUGAUUUUGAAAAUGAGGACCCUUUGAAAAACCUUGGAAACUACGAUACUUUAUUCAACGAGAUGCGCAAAUACGAGCGCGUCGUCUUCUUUGGCGGCUGCUCCUUGACAAUUCUCAAAGGGAUCCUCGAACAAGAGGAUUCUUUAGCCAAAAGGGUGCAUUACUAUCAACAAGGAGGUACUUUCAACUCAAAGCUCAACAUCCUGGGGAACCCGCUUAAUUUCGCUCUAAAUACAAAAGCCGCAGAAUUUGUGUUUCACAAAGACCAGAUGAGCAAGCUUGCCAAUUUCACGCUCGUACCUACCGAUACGACCAAGAAGCUUGAAUUUACCGUCAAGGGUCUCAAAGAGUGGUCCGCUGCUAUCGGCCUCCAUUCGCUUGGGUUCUACGGCCGCAUGGAUCCUUGGGAACUGAUUAGUGAAAAGGAGCGCGAGAAAAAAGAGCGACAGCACGUCUGUGCAAGUACCCAGGAGCUCAUCGACUGGAGGUCUGAACUGGUGUACAAGAAAGAAUACGACGACCCCACGCGCAAGGGCUACAAGGCCGUUAUGGCAGAUCUCGUUGCUUUUCUGAUCUCCUUCACCGACGCUUUCAAUGAGUACAGGACUCUGCAAAAGGUGGAAAUGAGAGUCGUCAUGGAACACGUCCAUGACGGAGACAAGUCGACAAUGGUACUCAAGUCAGACGCAAGCUCGCCCAUCAAAGCCCUGUUGCUAGAAUUUACAGAAAAGCCGGGCCAGGAUGCCUUGAUCGUGACGGAUACAGCAACUGUGGUUCAGUCUGCUAUAGCGCGAAGUGAUAAUGGAUCGUAGUCUUUGCGCUCAAACGCCGGCUACAGAAUU